AUGCGUCUCCUUAUUCUCUGUGCUCUUUUGGAGUUGGCUAUGCACCUUCACCUUUUGUCUGUUCAUCAAACUGUCCUAGCUGCUGGAUUUGACAGGAUUAAUAUAUACAAUGUAGAAGAUGUAGUUUUAUGUGCUUUGCCUUACCACGACACACAUGCAUUUGUCCGUGCUCCACCCCCUAGAUCAGUUAUUGUUCAGCAAUGUAUACGUGAUAUGCAGGCAUCUCGUAGUAAAAAAUAUAAGCCAUCAAAGCCCGUGGUUAGCUUCUCCAAAGCAGUGGUGGUUGAGCUUCUUGGUUCGGUUACAACUGUUGAUGGAGAUAUUGUAAAGCAUAUUUUGCCUUUUGUAGACGCUGGUCUUCCAUCUGGCGUGAAAGUAUGUUUAGAUCGGCAGGCUGGUGCGUCAAUGAUUGUUGGCAUGUUGGCAAACAGAGCCAUGCUGAAUAAUAAUCUUAUCAAACGUUUCAUGAGGUACAAGAAGAAGUUUCUGUCAUCAUGA